AUGGUCAAUACACGUUCAAGUCUUCCUCCGGCAAGCUCAUCCGUCCCGGAUAACCCUCCACCUCCUGAGGGACACCAUAUUCCUCAAGAAGAGUCGUCGGAGAUGCCAGCACCUCCUCAAGCUGUUGUUUCCGCCGGAGAUUUUGAGAAACUCCAUCAGCAGGUUGUUGCAUUGACCCAACUGCUAAGUCAGAGAAAUUUGCAUCCAUCUCACACCCCAACACCUGAAGGUGGCUUUAUGGCAGAUGCUCGAACUCGAGUUCAUCAUGCAACCCAUGAUGACGGUGGGGUUGGAACCUCAGGGGUACCACAAGUUGCAUCAGGUUCAAGGUCCGUUACAAUAGACUCCACCGAACUUGCAAGAAUUAUUCAAGAAGGGAUAGCAGCGGGUAUGCAACAAAAUACUCGGGCAGCAACAGGAUUCACCCCCAAUACACCAUUCACUCCAGAAGUCCUCUCGUACCCCCUUUCCGAUAGGUUCAAGUAUCCUCGGAUAAAGGAGUACGACGGGACAACCGACCCCAUCAACCAUCUCAAUGUAUACACGGAUAUCAUGAACUUACAGGUUGCACCAGAUGCGGUAAUGUGCAAGGCAUUCCCUCAAACCCUCACGAAUGCGGCUAGAGAUUGGUUUUCCACAUUAGAACCGAACUCCAUCACUUCCUUUUCAGAUUUGGCUGACAAGUUCUCCACUUUCUUUGCGAGCAGCAAAAGAAUCAGAAAGACAGCUGCAUCGCUCAUGCAGAUGCGUCGAGGACCCAACGAAACACUGCACAGUUUCAUGACCAGGUUCAACAAAGAAAGGCUUCAGAUCCCCGAUCUACAUAUCACAGCUGCAAUCUCAGCUCUGACUUACGUCAUUAAGUACGAAGCGUUCAAAAUGUCCUUGUCUAAAACCCCGCCGAAGUCAGUAAUUGAGCUACUCACACGGGCUGAGAAAUACAUCAAUAUGGAAGAAACCAUGGCCCCAAAAAGGGAAGUUACCUCAUCAGGGAGGUUGGAUCAGAAAAGGCCAUAUGAGUCCAGCUUAAGACAAGAGACACCUAGGGUCAAACCAAGAAAGGAUCCACCUUCAACGGCUUUUACCCACCUGAAUACUUCAAUGUCCAACAUCCUAAUGGAAAUCAAGGACUCUAGGGAACUGAAAUGGCCUCCCCGAUUGUGGUCUCCCCCCGAUACUCGUGACAAGAGCAAAUACUGUGAUUUCCAUAGAGAUCACGGCCAUACCACAGAAGAUUGUCUGGCCUUAAAGCGGGAAAUCGAAGCUCUUAUAAGAAGAGGAUUUCUGAGCUCUUACAUUAACAAUGACAAAUGCCCGAGGAAUAACCAGAAUGGGGAAAAAUGCCCAGAGGAUCGGGGAAACAAGCUACCAACUGCAGGCACUAUCAAUAUCAUUGUCGGAGGAACAGCCUCGGGAGGAGACUCUAGCAGUGGGUGA